CAUGGCCAGCCCCGUAGAGCCGCUCGCUCCCCGCCCCCACGCCCCCCUGCCAGCGGCCGGGGACGAGCCCGGAUCGGGCCCCGGCAAACUCCGCCCGGAGCCCUGGCGCGGCGUUGCCGGCGGGGGGAGCGCGGUGGGCCCGGGUCGGGCCCCGGAGCCGCCCGGCGGAGGCCGGGCCGAGCGCGCCGCGCCCCCGCGCCCGCCCCCCUCCUCCGCAGGCCGCGCCAGCCCCGCGGGGGGCCCGGGCGCCCUGUGUUCGCUCGGCAGCGGCGGCUGGGGCUCAGCCCGCGCUCCCUUCGCGCUCGCCCUCUCCUCCCCUGUCCCCUCCUCCUCUCCAUCUUCCUUUUACUUCUGGCCGCCGCCCCCCCCGCCCCCUCCUUCUCUUCUCCCCUCCUCGUCUGCCUUUCACCUCCCCGUGCGUCUCCCAGGAAGGGAGGGCGCAGCGGCGGCGGCGGCGGCUCGAGGAGGAGGAGGCGGCGGCGAUGCUGGCGGCGGCGGCGGAGGAGGAGGACAAGAGGCAGCUCCCUUGAGCGUCCCUCCCAGCAGUAGUCCCCGCGGCGGCGGUGGCAGCGGCGGCGGGCGGCGGCGGCGGCUCUUCCUCUGCUCCGCGCUCCAGGGUUUGCUGCUCCCAGCCCGCGCCGGGCUCCGGCUCCCGCUCGGCCCGGCCGCCCGCCGCGCGGGCUCCCCCGGCUUCCCGGGUGCCGGCGGGGGCUGCCCCCGCCCCAGCCCAGGCGGCGGCGGCCGAACUCCGCCGCGGCCCGGAGGCGCCGGCUUCGCCCUCGCUGCCGCGUCCCCCCUGCUCUUCGGCUCCGACAUGGAAGAUGGACCUUCUAAUAACGCGAGCUGCUUCCGAAGGUUGACGGAGUGUUUCCUGAGCCCCAGUUUGACAGAUGAAAAAGUGAAGGCGUAUCUUUCUCUCCAUCCCCAGGUGUUAGACGAGUUUGUAUCUGAAAGUGUUAGCACAGAGACUGUAGAAAAAUGGCUGAAGCGGAAAAACAACAAACCCGAAGAUGAGUCGGCUCCUAAGGAAGUCAGCAGGUACCAAGACACGAAUAUGCAGGGAGUUGUAUAUGAACUCAACAGCUACAUAGAGCAGCGGCUGGACGCAGGAGGAGACAACCAGCUACUCCUCUAUGAGUUGAGUAACGUCAUUAAAAUAGCCACAAAAGCUGAUGGAUUUGCACUGUAUUUCCUUGGAGAGUGCAAUAAUAGUCUGUGCGUCUUCACUCCACCUGGAAUCAAAGAAGGAAAACCCCGGCUCAUCCCUGCUGGGCCCAUUGCCCAGGGUACCACCACCUCUGCCUACGUGGCCAAGUCCAGAAAAACCUUGCUAGUGGAGGACAUCCUUGGGGAUGAGCGAUUUCCGAGAGGUACUGGACUGGAGUCGGGGACUCGCAUCCAGUCGGUGCUCUGUUUACCGAUUGUCACUGCCAUUGGCGAUUUGAUCGGCGUCCUCGAGCUGUAUCGGCACUGGGGCAAAGAAGCCUUCUGUAUGAGCCACCAGGAGGUUGCAACAGCCAAUCUCGCCUGGGCUUCAGUAGCAAUACAUCAGGUGCAGGUAUGCAGAGGCCUUGCUAAGCAGACGGAACUGAAUGACUUCCUACUUGAUGUGUCCAAGACAUAUUUUGAUAACAUAGUCGCAAUAGACUCUCUACUUGAACACAUAAUGAUAUAUGCAAAAAAUCUGGUGAAUGCAGAUCGUUGUGCACUUUUCCAGGUAGACCAUAAGAACAAGGAGUUAUAUUCAGACCUUUUUGAUAUUGGAGAGGAAAAGGAAGGAAAACCUAUCUUCAAGAAGACCAAAGAGAUAAGAUUUUCAAUUGAGAAAGGAAUUGCUGGUCAGGUAGCAAGAACGGGGGAAGUCCUGAACAUUCCAGAUGCCUAUGCAGACCCACGCUUCAACAGGGAAGUGGACCUGUACACGGGGUACACGACCCGGAAUAUCCUGUGCAUGCCCAUCGUGAGCCGAGGCAGCGUGAUCGGCGUGGUGCAGAUGGUGAACAAGAUCAGCGGCAGUGCCUUCUCGAAGACGGACGAGAACAACUUCAAGAUGUUCGCUGUCUUCUGCGCUUUAGCCUUACACUGUGCCAACAUGUACCACCGAAUCCGCCAUUCCGAGUGCAUUUACCGGGUGACGAUGGAGAAGCUGUCCUACCACAGCAUCUGCACGGCCGAGGAGUGGCAGGACCUCAUGCGUUUCAGCCUCCCCGUGCGCCUCUGCAAGGAGAUCGAACUAUUCCACUUUGACAUUGGUCCUUUCGAAAGCAUGUGGCCUGGGAUUUUUGUGUACAUGGUCCAUCGGUCCUGUGGGACGUCCUGCUUUGAGCUUGAAAAGUUGUGUCGCUUUAUUAUGUCUGUGAAGAAGAACUACCGCCGGGUGCCGUACCACAACUGGAAGCACGCCGUCACGGUGGCACACUGCAUGUACGCCAUCCUGCAGAACAACCACGGGCUCUUCACCGACCUUGAGCGCAAAGGACUGCUGAUCGCGUGCCUGUGUCAUGACCUGGACCACAGGGGUUUCAGCAACAGCUACCUGCAGAAGUUCGACCACCCCCUGGCCGCGCUCUACUCCACGUCCACCAUGGAGCAGCACCACUUCUCCCAGACCGUGUCCAUCCUCCAGCUGGAAGGGCACAAUAUCUUCUCCACCCUGAGCUCCAGUGAAUAUGAACAGGUGCUUGAGAUCAUCCGAAAAGCCAUCAUUGCCACAGACCUUGCUCUGUACUUUGGAAACAGGAAACAGUUGGAAGAGAUGUACCAGACCGGAUCGCUAAACCUUAAUAAUCAAUCACAUAGAGAUCGUGUCAUUGGUCUGAUGAUGACUGCCUGUGAUCUUUGCUCUGUAACAAAACUAUGGCCGGUUACAAAAUUGACAGCAAAUGAUAUAUAUGCAGAAUUCUGGGCUGAGGGUGAUGAGAUGAAGAAGUUGGGAAUACAGCCUAUUCCCAUGAUGGACAGAGACAAGAAGGAUGAGGUCCCACAAGGCCAGCUGGGCUUCUACAACGCCGUGGCCAUCCCCUGCUACACGACGCUCACGCAGAUCUUCCCGCCCACGGAGCCGCUCCUCAAAGCCUGCAGGAAUAACCUCAGCCAGUGGGAGAAGGUGAUCCGAGGGGAGGAGAGCGCCGUGUGGAUCUCAUCCCAGCCCGCGGCCCACGGGCCCUCGGAGAAGCUGCCUGUGAAGAUCGACGACUGACGGCCGCUCGAGCCGUCCCGCCUACACGUGCUCGUCAUGCUUCUUUGACUUUUCUUCCUUUUCUUUUCGUGGGGAACCUACACCUGUAACUGGGGCACAAGCCUCUCGAAGAAGGUAGCAUCAAGAGAACACGUCAAGCCGAUGACCCCCGCCAGUCUCCUCUGUGACGCGUCAGAGACGGUGACCGCCCAGGACCACCCCGUGACCGAAAGCCGCCGUCCCAGGGGCUCCGUCUGCUUUGUGAACUGGCCUUUUCUAACAGGCGCCGUGGCUGAGGCCUUAGUGGAAAUGGACAAGCAUUAUUCAGAAGGGGGUACUUUUCCACUGCAUCUUUCUAGGGAGGGGUUAACAUGGUACUAUUAUGGUAUUGUGCUUUGGCUUAAACACCAGUGUUGCUUUGAUGUUGUUGGUUAUAAAUAGGAAUUUUUACACAUUACUGUUGUGAAUGUUCGUGUGUGACCUACUCGUAAUUAGCGUGAAUUAUAGCGGACAGCCUUGGGACAAGCGUCACUGUGACAGUAAGUGUCUUUCUGCAAUCAGUGAUGGAAACUAGAUUCCUGUUUCAGAGCCUCGUGAAUUAAAAGCGAGGUGGAUGAAAAGUGUGUUCUUUAAGUUUAUACUAAGGGGCUUGGAUGAAUAGAUUUACACUAAAGGAAGUAGCCUUCCUAUCCUCUUGAGAAGAGGUGCAGAUAUACAUCAGAAUAAAUCUCAGAACUCCAAGUGUCAGUUCAAAAAAUGUCAAAGAAUUUUUUUUAUUUUUUGUUUCCUUCAUUGUAGGCACGUUUUCUAAACCCUUUGCAUAAAGAACAACAACAAAAAUAAGCCAGGCAUAUGAAUUUGUCUUAACAGGUCUUACGGGAUGUCAAAUGUGAAUUUUAAUAAUGAUUUCUUUAUAUUUUCACUUGGUGUCAUUGCAAAAUUUUAGACUCACAUUCAAAGUGAGAGGUUUAUUCUAUGAAUUAUUUAAUUAAAAUACCAUACAUUUCUCUUAAAACCAAAUUAAACCAUAAAAUUUAAGUCUUGUGUAAUUUUUACUUUGCUCUGAUGCACUCAUCCCCCGGUCCGGCCCCUGCUUUGUGCUUCCUGGUCCCGUUUCCCAAGUGCUCUGUCCACGACGGGAGGGAGGAGAACACACUGCGAACGCAUCGUGGCGCGGUUCUGUUCUCUCUCCUCUGCUCCAGCAUCAAGUGUCUACAUCCAAACCUGUAGUUUGGACAGUCUUCUGUAUAAUUUUUGUAGACUAAUAUUACUCUACAAUGUAAGUGUUUUGAAAAAAAAAAAAAAAAAACCCACACAAAAGUAGAGUCUGGACCCCUUCCUACAAGGAUUAUAAGCCAGUCACUUCUGGUGCACGUGAAAGCUGUCGAGAUUUUUAGCGCAAUGGCAAGGUCACCUCCAGAGCUGUGCUUAGUCCUGACCUGAAGGACUGAGAGAACUAGAGUCUCAAGAAGUGAUCGGCAGAUCCGUAAUAAACAGCUUAUCUGCUGUUCACUUGGCAGGAAACUGGAAUAUUACUUUUGAUAAAAUAAAUUUUUAAAAUAAUGCUUUUACAUAUUCAGUACUGUACACAUUGUUAUCCAUAUGGUUUUUGCAAAAAGAAAUCACAUGUUCCUACAAUAUGAUUUAAGUUGUAGCAGAGUUAGGUAUAUAGAAACAUUGUUCUUAUUUUAAAUUUAACACUAUAUGUUCCGUUUCCUUCUGGGCUUCUGAAAGUUGCCAUCUUCCCUCCCUGGCACUCCACUUGCUAUUAUGGUUAUACAAUAUGAGAUAAAAUGAAAUAUCUAAAGAGAGAAAUACCACCGUGGCUUGACACACACCUACGGAAGUACAUAUGUAUAAAGGAUAGAGAUGCAAACACAUCUAUAGAAAGUAAAAAUCGUCCCCAUUCUUCAAAACCCGAUUUUUUGUGUGUUGGAAAAUGUGAGCAGAAAAGUCCUUUUUUCAUGUUAGUGCAUUUAUAGAAUUGAAUUCUAAAAUGUUGAAGGUUUUUCUGCGCUCAGGUUUAUGAAACUGGACCCACCCAAUCAAAUUUCAAUCCCAAGAGUUAGUAUGGCCAUGUAUUGGAACUCGACUGACUCGAAAUACCACUGGAGACGGUUUAAUUAAAAAGAUCUUAAAGGAAUGCAUGAAUUUUGCUUUUUGAUGUAGGAAACAGUCCUGAGGGGAGGGAAUCUCAUGGCUAUUUUUGCUUUUUAAGAUUGCUUUUCUAAAAUUACUACCAAAAAUUCUCUUAUUUUGAUAGAGCCAGCUGUCUUAUAUUAUUGACCUUGUACCUUGAACAGUUUUCCAAAGAAACAUUCAUGGGUUUAUAGGUUGGUUGAUUUCUCUUGAUAUAUUGUCACAAUCAAAGCAAAGUUCGAACAAAGGAAGGACUGUAUUCUAAUGUAAACUGUUAAUAUUCUUAAGAUCUAGUUAGGAAUCAUUUAGCUUAAAUGGGCUCACGAUGCAGUGUUACUUAGUCAAUAAUUUGCUUUGGAAAACAUGCAGUUACGAUUAUUUUUGUAUUGGGGCAGAUGUACUUAGCAGACAAACUUUUGAGUUCUGUUCUCAUCUUUUUCCCAGAUCUUUUCUUGAAAAGGCAGAUGGUUUUUAUUACCAAAGGUUUUGACGAGUUUCUCAUGAAGGUGGCAUUUUAUAUUGGGCCCAAAUUUCCCCAUUCGGUAUAAAUUUGGUAGCCAGCUGUUCAAUUUGUGGAAGUUUUUAUUGGUUGUGCUGAUUUAUAACAGACACAAUUUUCUUGUCAAAUGCAAUUAUUUCAUUAUCUUCCCAGAAACAGUGAAUAAAGUUUUUAGCUAGAAAUUUUCUUGGAAAUGCAUGCCAACAACAUGAAAUACUGAAUGUAGGCAGAGGAAUAAAACUCUAAAAAUUGCAAGCAUCUUAUUAAUUAGUAGUUGAUUUUGAUUUAAUGAAUUAUUUUAAAUAAAAUGGAUGUGGAAAGUAAUUCUCAAAAACGGCCCUUUUCCUGGGGCAAGAUUGAGAUCCACUUCCCAGCGCUCGUUAUCCCCACGGGGCUCAUCAGAAAUCGGUCAUGGAAGAGAGACCACGCGGAACAACUUAGCAUAGCCGUCCUCAUCCGGACUCUUCCCUCAGCAGGAAGGAUAGGGUGCCACUGGAGGUGACUUUUCUCACGACGACGCAAACAGAACUACUUUGAAACAGGA